AUGGCCAUUUCGAAAGCUCUCUUUGCUUCAUUACUUCUCUCCUUGCUCCUUCUCGAGCAAGUCCAAUCUAUUCAGACCGAUCAAGUGACCAGCAAUGCUAUUUCUGAAGCCGCUUAUUCCUACAAGAAAAUUGACUGUGGGGGAGCUUGUGCAGCAAGGUGCCGAUUAUCAUCAAGGCCAAGAUUGUGUAAUAGGGCAUGUGGAACUUGUUGUGCUAGAUGCAACUGUGUUCCUCCUGGUACUUCUGGCAACACUGAGACUUGCCCUUGCUAUGCCAGUUUGACUACUCAUGGCAACAAACGUAAAUGCCCUUAA